GGACAUGAGUAGUCUCUUGGAGCUGACUUAGUCCAUCUGCAGACAUCCUGUUUACAAAAAUAAUGAAGAGAAUUUCAGUUAGUAUCAUGAAAAGAAAUAUAUUUAGCAUGCUGUAGUUUUCUAACAAACCGCGUUUUCAACAGGUAAAUGGUGCCUGGAGAGCAAUUUUAGAAACUGGUUCAAGGAUCAACAGUUGAAAUUUUUCCACUUGAAGAGAAAUGAAGCAGCAAAAGUGAUCUUGUUGGGUAGAGGUUCUUGUACUGCUAUGAAUAUGUCUGGCAGUAGCUCCGACUGGUCGCAGCUCAGGGAUGACCGGAAUCCAGUAAGCAGUCUUGUUGAGUCUUUGUUAGCAGGGAUAUCAGAGAUCAUAAAUUCAGUUGUAUGUAUACAAGUAGAGAAGGAGACUUUCACUGAAAUUGGUUGCUAUUUUUACCGAGCGUCUGCAAUCAUAAUGGAGCUGCAUAUAAACUGGAAUACUCCAACGAGUACGGUUGAGAUGUUGCAAUCUAUGUGCAGAAGAGUGGACAUGGCUAAAAGCUUCACUAUGAAACUAGAGAAGAAUACGCAGAAAAUACAAUAUUCUGAGGUCAGAAAUAUAGUGCAGCAACUUGAAGAAACAGUAAAAAGCAUAGGGGAAAAUCUUAGCCUGAUACCGUUAUCAGUGUACAAGGACCAAGAAUAUGCAGAAAAGGCAGCUAAGUCUCUCUCAAAGGACAUGAAGGACGUCUCCUUUGCUGUCAGCCAGUCUCGAAAAUUAGAGUCGAAAGAGAAACUGGCCUCAAAGGAGGCAUCGAGAGAAGAAAGAAAACAAAUUGAAACAGAUCUUUAUUCUGUCAACGUUGAUGUUUCUGCUGAGAAUCUCUGGUCAUCAGAUGAAACCAAAUCCUAUCUGACUGAUAUCCCAGAAAGACCGAGGAUCCUCAACAAACAUGACUCCAAGAGUUUGAGUGCUGGAUCCUCAUUGACAGCAUUGCCACAGUUGGCUCAGUAUAUGGAGCCAUUAUAUGAGACAUUCUUUUGUCCUCUGACGAAAAGGAUUAUGGAUGAUCCAGUAACAGUGGAAAGUGGAGUAACAUACGAGAGAACAGCAAUUACUGAAUGGUUUGACAAAUUUGCAGAUCCAGAGGAAAUUGUCUGCCAGAAAUCAGGGCAGAAGCUGAAGAGCAGAAUUUUGAGCACCAAUGUGGCUCUGAAAGCAACGAUCGAUGAGUGGAAGGAAAGAAAUGAAGCUGCAAGAAUUAAGGUGGCCCGAGCAGCUCUUUCAUUGGCCAGUACAGAAAACAUGGUUCUUGAAGCAAUUGAUGAUCUGAGAAACGUCUGCAAGAAUAAGCCUUACAAUAAGGUACAGGUUUGCAGCAUAGGAAUGAUCCCGUUGCUUACCAACUUUCUGGACUACAGAAGCAGAAAUGUAAGAUAUGUUACAAUGGAACUAUUGAGACAAUUGGCUGAAGAUGAUGAAGAGGGCAAG